AUGAUGAUUCAAAGUAUUCUUGUUCUUUUGUUGAUUUUUAUUGCUAAUGUGCAAUCAUUAUCCAUAUCUGAUAGAGCCAAUCGAAAAAUUGAAUGGAACACAUUGAAGCUCAGAUGGGGUCCUGAUCCACUCGUAUCGAACGAUGAAGUCUACAUUAGACAACCACGAACAGUACAACAAGCACUACAAGAACAAUACGAACAAUUGCCAGAUACUCUCGAAAAACAGUGUAUCGGUGAAACAACGAUCGGUUAUCGCUACUGGAAAGAUAAUGAUACAGCAGCUAUUCUUAUAUUCGACAAACAAGGUACCAUCGCCGGUAUUCAAAUUGCUUUUCGUCGAUCAAGUAUCAAAGGUAAUUAUUAUUCGUUUGACACUCAAAAAAUGUUCAAUGUGGAGAUGAUCAAUGGUAUCGAGAUGUAUACAUUGACUGCUUAUUUCAUUGAUCCAACUUUAAUCUGUACGGUUGGACGAACUCUUUCACAGCUCGAACAUGAAGGAACAGGAACAGGACUCUUUCUUCAAAACGGAACGAAUCCAAUUAAAGAUUCCAUUGAAAUACCUUUGUGGGAAAAGGAUAUUGGCAAAACAAAAUGGGUUAAAGGUGCCUGUUUUAAAACAAUGGGUAUUCAUUACUGGUACGAUAAUCGAUUGGACAAGAGUUGUUCUGACUUUUUUCCGAGUUUUCUCAUGUAUAACAAGGGUCAAUUGAGUGGCUUCGGAUGGGCUAUUGUCGCUAACCUCAAUUUUUCGCGACGCAUUGAACGGGUACUGACGCCGGUCAUUUCGACAUUUCUUAUUCCUGUUCCAACAUGUAUACCGAAAGUCAAUGAUGAACUUGGUGGUUUUACAACACAACAUCUCUAUUUCAAUACUGAUCCAGCUAAUCUAGAAUGUUAA